AUGGCUGACCACAAUACUUACCUGCAGUACAAACGGGAUGAGAGACACCUUGUCUACUGGAUCAUCCAUGCAUCUGCUCAUAUCAUCAAAAAGUUUCCGUCUCACAACACUCAGGACAUAAACCUUACCGGGGCGAUCUCCCUGUCAACGCUGAAGUCGCUCUCGCAGCUCAUUGCAAAGCAUAUUGACCCGAUUCCGACAACCAUCUUUCGCCUAUUUGCUUCCGUCAUUGAUGCUAGAAAAAGAACACAGCGUCUUUAUAUCCAAACCACCACCUCCGACCCAGAUCCUGAAAUCCAGAAGAGCAAUGUGUCACACCAACAUUGGAUAGAAGGCCUGUCGGAGGCUUUCAAUCUUCUUGGAGGGGAGACAUGGCAGGAGGGAAAGAAAGACGCACCUGACACAUUUGAUGAAGAUGAGGAUGCUGAGGAUGGGGCUGAAGAAGAUACCGGGAUCCCUGAGGCUGCCAUGCACCAGAAAGCCAGGCGUUCGACGCAAAAGCCCAAAAAGAAAGGCAAUCAAAGCAAACGGGGAAGAAAGCCGAAGACAAAGGGAAAGACAGCAGAGAGCGCCUCUGUCUCUGAUCUACAGGAAAUUCCCUUGGAGAGCUAUCGCAUCAUUGAAGGCGAAACUGGAAUGAUUACUGAUUAUUUGAUGGCUGUCUAUUCAAUCACCGAGCAGUUGAUACGGCUUCGUCAUGAAUUGCAGGGCGCCUGGUAUAGCGUCGCCUACCAAGGCAUGAAUACUGCCGUUGCUUCCAGUCUAUGCAAAGUUGCCAUCGGAAUGAUCAAGGAUGCUCAGUUGCAGAUCUUCGUUGAGUUCCCUGGGCAUGACUCUUUCGAUACCGUCAUGCAAACCAUGACACGUAGAGAUCCUGACAAGGCCAAAGGUAUGUUCGGUCUGGCAGUUACUCGACUCAACCCAGAUGGAACACUUGAACAAACUCCGCAAUCCGAUAUCGACGUGAGAGAAGAAUUUUUGAUGUACACGUAUCAGGAUCUCUUUGAUUUCAUCACCGACUAUCAAAAGACGCGCAGCGGUAAACCCACCAAGGCCAUGCUUAAGUGUAUCCAAGAUUGGGACCCUUAUCUCAACCUGUUACGAGCCACCAAAGAACAACGCUUAAAAUGGCGCCGAGCCUUUACCAUCAAUUGGCUAUACGACUUGGUCAAUGUUUUUUCAUCGGUUGCUGUUCAGCGUCGCACGAUGAGGGGGCAGAACAUUCCCCUUGAGACGGUCGACUGGUCCAGAGCCGGCCCCUGGAAUGAACAUCGAAGAUUGUUUGGCAUCAAUGAAUUCGCUGGCGACAUCACUCACCUCGCAGUACAGAAGCCUGGGACUGACAUCAAGUCAAAGAUCCUUCCACAUCAUGUUUUUCAGCUACAGUGCAUCGUAGAAUCUCUCACAGUCUCUCGUGGCUGGUCAAUCAGUGUUUUAACUGGCCAUGUCUUGAAACCCGCCGCGAAAGGGUUUCGGCCUCGAAGAGAUGUAGAUCUUUUCAUGGAUCGCGAUAACAAAAGAUUCGCGAAGGGAUUCUGCAGCUCGGUGGAGAUUCUUUCUCAAUUGUUCGACGAGGAUGCUAUGAUUCAAGGGGAGCCCAAUCGGAACAGAUCAAUUAAGGAAUUGAUGAGUGAAUUUCUAAUGGACUUCGUCGACUGGCUUGGAGAGAGCAAGUACAUGCACGGCUUGACGGCUAUUCCUCCAUCGCGUUUUUCAAACACCAACAGCAACGGGUUGUGGGAAUAUUGUCCAUUUCUCUGUGGCGCGGGUCUUUCAGAGGCACUAGAACUGACACACAGCAUGGCCAUGCGUAUUUGGGGUUCUGUCCCUGAGCCCAUUUGCGUUUCUCACCUGCACAACAUGCUAGUCCAGAAAGGCCUUCUUUCACGACCCGUAGGGCUGUGGAGCUCAGUUGCACAAUUGUUCCAGAGCGCCUUCUUUAAGGAUGGAAAGGUACCAAGGUCUCAUUUUGCAAAGGCUUUCCAGGCUUUGCUUGGUGGGCGGCGCUUUCGUCGCGAGAACCUCCGGAGCCGAGCACAAAGAAGACGGUUUGCCCGAAACGCGAAGGAUGUGCAUGACCUGUUGGAUCCGAGUGAAAAUCGGUUUUAUAAGGAAAGGACAUUAUUGCAAAUCUUUGACCGUGCAAACUGGAUUCCGGCUCGAAUCCCCGAUGAAGAGAUCCCCCUCCCCACAGGUCUAGCAUUGAUGCGGCUCGCUCAGACCAAGCAAACCCGAGACCCUGUAACUGGCAAGGUUACUUUAGCCGAAAGCGACCUCGCUAAACGUGUUAGAUCCUGUGGAGCGAGUAAUGAAGACAUCGUCAAAAUCCUAUCUACUCUGCCAUCUCCGUCAAAAGAUCCUCAUACCGCUCAAAUCAUGAAGACUCUUCAAUCAACUGUACCAGAGGGCUGGACAGUUGGAAAUGCGGGAAACAGUCACUCCAAAGCCGAUAUGGACCUUACAACAUACUUGGAUUUACUCAGGCUUGAUUUCAUAAGCGACAUUUGUGGUGAGCUGAGGCCAAUAUCAAGUUUGAAUUACAUAAUGAUCCUCGUACGCUGCUAUGCGUUGUUCAUGCGGAUUGAAGACAAUCUGAAGAAGUGCAGGAAUCCAACAUGGGUGCAGGUUCAUGAAAGGAAUUUCAAAUUGACGGAUCAGAAACGGCUAUCGCUUACACUGUUUGCGUUGGCGGAAGCAGAUCCCGAGUAUCUCAGAAUCAUGGCAGACGUGUUCGAAGAAAUGAGGGACGGCUUCCUAAACAAUAUCUACUGGGAUGACUUCAUGGAUAUCCACGAGACUUUGGAGACUUUCAAAUCUGGCGAUCAAGUCCCAUUCGGCCCAGAUUCUUCAACUACCAUCCCCUCGAACCACCCUAUCUUCAACAAUCGCGUCCCGCCAGUGCCGGCUUUGCUCGACUUCCCUAUCGUCGUCCACCGGGUCGGAACUCCCGACAAUGGGGCAUUUGAUCAUCUUGAUAACCAGGCAAUCACAUACAUCCACAUAACCACGGAGACCGGCCUUGCGCCCCCCGAGUGGCAGAGUGGGAUCGGUACUGUAAUCGUCGCACGUAAAGACAAGAAAGAUCUCUCUCCAGAGCACUACGAGGCAAUCUGGAUGUACUGUGAUCACAUCCUCGAUUACUUUGGGGAAGGAGAAGGAGCACCUAAGCAUUUGUUCACCCGACAAGCAUUCGAGCGGUGGUUUGUGGGUUACCAAAAAGAGCAAUUGGGAUUUGGACGUCAGGAGUGGACCUCAGUACCACCGUUGUAUGAGGAAUGA